AUGCCCCAAGAAGCCUCCAAGAUCUCCGACCCCGACGCGACGUCGCAGGCAGCGGCCGAAGCUGUCGCCGAAUCGAGCAAGCAGGCAGAAGCCGAAUCCGCAGACGAGAGCGGCGACGACGCGACCGAGACGGUGGAAGGCGCAGAGGGCGCGUCGGAAAAGAAGAAGAAGAGCAGGAAGCGCAAGAUCAAGGAUGCCAUCAGCGGCAAAGGCAAGGCUGGCGAGACCACCGACCUGAAUGCGCCCGCAGGAAACGUCCUACCCAAAGAAGCGAUGAACAUGCUGCUCGCGAACAACCCCGGCCUGGCGAAUGAACUGCAGGGCAAGGCGAACAACAAGGAAGAACUCGCGCAAUUGAUCAAGAAGCUCAACAUCAACGAGAUGCUGACGGGUCUGGCGCCGCAGGGCAGCCAAAAGGACAUGGCCAGCCACGCUUUCUGGAAGACACAGCCCGUACCCAGCUUCGAGGAGAUGGCGAAUAAGGAGAAGAUCAAGGACGGCCCUAUCAAGGAGAUCAAGAUUGACGAGGUGGACAAGAAUCCCAGCCCAAUGUACCCUGGCUUUGAGUGGGUGACAAUGGACCUGGAGGACGAGAAGCAGCUGGAGGAGGUAUACGAGCUGCUCACAAACCACUACGUUGAAGACAAGGAUGCGACCUUCCGCUUCAAGUACUCGCCGUCAUUCCUGAACUGGGCCCUGAAAGCGCCAGGCUGGAAGAAGGAAUGGCAUGUCGGUGUCCGCGCAACCGCCUCAGGCAAGCUCGUCGCAUUCAUCUCAGGCAUCCCGAUACAAAUGCGCGUUCGCGACAAGGUCCUCAACUGCUCCGAAGUCAACUUCCUGUGCGUCCACAAGAAGCUCCGCUCCAAGCGUUUAGCACCCGUCCUCAUCAAAGAGAUUACCCGCCGCUGCUACGUCGAAGGCACAUUCCAGGCCGUAUACACUGUCGGCUCCCUUCUCCCCACACCUGUCUCAACAGCCCGCUACUUCCACCGCGCCAUCGACUGGGAGAAGCUUUACGAUGUCGGCUUCUCUCCUCUCCCCCACGGUAGCACCAAGCAACGCCAGAUCAUACGGUACAAACUCCCAGACACCACCUCCACCCCUGGACUUCGCGAGAUGGAGGCCAAGGACGUUGACGCAGCUGUUGAUCUGCUGAGGCGAUACCUGGAGCGCAUGGACAUGGCACAAGUCUUCAAUAAGACCGAAUUCGAGCACUGGAUGGCGCCGAAGGAGAAGCCUAAGGAGCAAGUCGUGUGGAGCUACGUUGUUGAGGACCCCAACACCCACAAGAUCACCGACUACUUCUCCUUCUACAACCUUGAGAGCACUGUCAUCGGCAACAAGAAGCACAAUACCAUCAAGGCGGCAUAUCUCUUCUACUACGGUACAGAAGUAGCAUUCGAUAAGGAAGACAAGGACAAGACAAAGCUCAAGCAGCGACUAAACUUGCUGAUGAAGGACGCGUUGAUUUUGUCAAAGAAGGCCGACUUUGACGUGUUCAACGCGCUUACCCUUCUCGAUAACCCGCUGUUCCUGGAGGAGCAACGCUUCGGCGCUGGAGACGGCUCCCUGCAUUACUACCUCUACAACUACCGCGCUGCGCCGAUACCGGGUGGCAUUGAUUCGCGGAACCAGUCGAGCAAGGACCACAUGGGCGGUAUCGGGUUGGUCAUGUUGUAG